UGCAAUUUAAUAUGUACUUAAAGUUUUAAUUAAACAGUUUUAUAUUUUUAAGUCUGGGCCAGAAGUGUUAAAGGCCCAAACGCAGCCUAGAAAAGACGAAGUCGGAGGUGAAGUUCAGGUUGUUGCUUGUAAAUGGCUCAUUCGUUGUCAUUUUGGGAAUACACGGUGAUCUUCUUUCUGCGCCCCGUUUUCGCCAUUCUCUUCGUUCUCUUCUUAAUAUCUUCUGGUUGGUUUGUGGCGUGGAAACUGGUGCUGGUUCACGUUCCUUUGGUGCAAGAGGUUUUCGGCCUCAAAAAGAAACCUGUCCGAGUGAAGCCCCAAAUUGGUCGGUUCUCCAAAAUUUACAGCACACUUCGUGCCCAAAACCCACCUCCCACAAGGAUAGAGGACGAGGAAAAUUGAAGGUUAUUGUAGAUGGAUUGAAAUAGAAAGGAGCGAAAGAUAAAAUCAUUAAAUUGUGAAGAGGACGGAAAAUAUGGGGUCUUGGACCGUAUAACAGGCUGUGAAUUAUUGAUUGGAAUGAAUGAAUAUAUUCCUAGCAUGUAACGCGUUUCAGAAACAGUAGAUUGUGAUUAUUAAAACCUUGUAUAUAACAUGACAAAACAAAACCGUCAAUGGUUUUGCUGUGGAACUAGAUUAUCAAUUUCGAGUGAUGAUGAAUUAUGAUUAUUUUAUGAUAGUUUUUAGCCUUAUAUUGUAUAGAGAAUGUUAAAGCACCAACAUUAUUAUAACAUUGCUUGGUUGUGCUUGUGUACAAAUACAUGGUUAAUGCAGAUAAUACUGAAUGCAAAGGUGUUUGACUAUUAACGCCAUUGAAGCAGAUGAUUGCUUAAGUAUAAAAGUCUACCAUCAAGUUUGUGGA